AUGUCUCAAGUCCCUUCUGAACCUUCUUGGCAAGAUAUGGAUGAGGUGCCAGAAUCUCCAACCAACACUGUACCAUCAAACCCAAUAAUAACAGAAGCAAUUAACAAGCAAGAAGAACACAAUAGUAGUAAUGUGGAGGAUCAUGACACGGAUCUCAUCAUUGAUGAUGAAUUAUAUCAAGAAUUAUUACAAGAUCAUCAUGAUGAGGGUGAUCAUAGUAACUCAGUGAUUGAAUCCACAACAGAACAGCAACAAUAUCACAAUGAAAGAUCAUCUCCGAUACAUCAUCCUUCCUCUCCCGAAAGAAAUGAUACCACCACCACAGUUUCAUCCUUGUACGAAUAUCAAGAUGGUUUCUCCUCCGAUAUUCACAACAAGUCUAUUGAAAAUAUUUUAGAUGUUUUAUAUAGUAAUGAUUAUCCUCCAUCACCUCUUCAAUUAAUAGAAAAUGAUGAAACCUAUGACUUUCCAUUUCCUACUAAAUCACAAUUAUCAAAUGUAUUCCGAUCGAUGAAAAUAUUAUUUUUAUUUACCUUUCUUACACGAUAUUUAUCGGAAAGGGAUAAUUUCAAAAGAGAAAUACUUGCACAUUUAAGUACAUUUAAAGUACUUCAUAGAGGAUAUAGAAUGAAUCAUGUGGAUGUGAUUUGUCAUGACAUUACACAACAAGUAUUGUUGAGAGCACCAAUGAGACUGACAGAUAUUAUGAAAUUAUCUGAAACAGUCAUUACUCUUAAUACUGAUGAGAAUCGAGGCUCAACCACCCUGACUAUCAGUAGUACUCUUAAGAAUCAUCAUGUAUCAACCAAUAACACAAAUCAUCAUGUAUCAACCACUAAUUCUACUAUCAAUCAUUUACCUUUCAAUAAUGAAUUUCUCUCAUUAGGUGAUCCAAUACUUGAUGAAUUAUUUGAAACAUCUAUUUCUAAGAGAGAUGGUAUCUAUGGUAUUCCAAUCAAACAAACGAGUGGUGGAUUCAUAAUUGAAUUGAGUGGAGUUGCUGGAAGUGGUAAAACACAACUAGCUCUUCAUUUAAGUUUACAAUGUAUAUUGAAUCGUAAAUUUGGAGGUUUAAAUUCUCGAGUAUUGUAUUUACAUUCUGAGAGUUAUCCUAUGGAUCGAUUGAAUGAAAUGAUUCAAGCUAAAACCAGACAAUUAAAUGAAUACUAUCAUACUCUCAAUACUCAUCCUACUAGAUCUAGUAUGGACUCGUCUGAAGAAUCGAAUGAGCAAAAUGACAUUUCUGAAGAUGAUUUCCUUAAUAAUUUUAUUCAACGUAACAUUUCCAAUACGAAUGAAUUCAAUGAUUUACUCAAACCAUCUACAAUGAGUAGCAUGUCACCUCUCGAAAAUGUUAUUGAAAAGAGAAAUAUUAGACUUGUAAUAUUAGAUUCUAUUGGAAUGUUAUUUAGAGAUUCACAUGCGAGUAGAACAUUAGCAAUGGAUCGAUCAGAAAUUUUACAAUUUCAAAUUCAACACAUGAAAUAUCUUGCUACCAAAUAUAAGGUAAUCUUUUUAAUUCUUAAUCAAGUAUCAGCAAUAUUUGAAGAUGAAAUGAAUAAUGAAUUGGUGAGAAAGUAUCAUCAAAGUCAUCGAAAUGAUACAUUGAAUUGUGAAGAAGCCUUAGAAUCUUAUAUAUAUUCCAAAAAUACAACAACUGUGCUGCCACUCCAAGAAGUUGGUGAUAUUUCAAGUGUUCGAUCCUAUUUUAAACUCACACCAAGUGAGAAAGUCAAACCCACACUCGGAUUACAUUGGUCUUCUCUUAUUGACAUUCGAUUAUUUCUUACCAAGUUGAAUAGAAAGGAUGUUGUUAUUGCAUCUCAUUCAAGAUUGAGAAGAGAAAAGAAAAUCAAAGGUAAUGAUACUUCUAUUGUGUAUCUGAGAGAUUACGAAACACAAGAACCCAAAUAUGAAAGUGUGAACGAUUAUUCGAGACAAAUUCAUGUCAUUUAUUCGCCCUUCUCUCCGACCUCAAGUCGAUCCUUCCUCAUUGAUUCUUUUGGUGUUCGAGGAGUGUAA